GCGGAGGAGAUGCGAUGACCACGUCGGCCUUGCAGAAAGCCAUUGAUCUGGUGACGAAGGCCACCGAGGAGGAUAAAGCAAAGAACUACGAGGAGGCCCUGCGGCUGUACCAGCACGCGGUGGAGUACUUCUUGCACGCCAUCAAGUACGAUGCCCACAGUGACAAGGCCAAGGAGAGCAUCCGAGCCAAAUGCGCCCAGUACCUGGACCGGGCCGAAAAGCUGAAGGACUACCUGCGGAACAAGGAGAAGCAGAGCAAGAAACCAGUCAAAGAAGCUCAGAAUGACAGCAAGGGGAGCGACAGUGACAGCGAGGGAGACAAUCCCGAGAAGAAGAAACUGCAAGAGCAACUGAUGGGGGCCGUUGUGAUGGAGAAGCCCAACGUGCGGUGGAAUGACGUGGCUGGCCUGGAGGGGGCCAAGGAGGCCCUGAAGGAAGCUGUCAUUUUGCCUAUCAAGUUUCCUCACCUGUUCACAGGUAAGCGCACCCCGUGGCGAGGGAUACUCCUUUUCGGCCCUCCUGGCACAGGGAAGUCCUAUUUGGCCAAGGCGGUAGCGACCGAAGCCAGCAACUCCACCUUCUUCUCCAUCUCCUCCUCAGACCUGAUGUCCAAGUGGCUGGGGGAGAGUGAAAAGCUGGUGAAGAACCUGUUUGAGCUGGCCCGGCAGCAUAAGCCCUCCAUCAUCUUCAUUGACGAAGUAGACUCCUUGUGUGGCUCCCGCAACGAGAAUGAAAGCGAAGCUGCUCGCAGGAUCAAAACGGAAUUUCUAGUGCAGAUGCAGGGUGUUGGGAAUAAUAACGACGGCACCUUGGUCUUGGGCGCAACCAACAUUCCUUGGGUCCUGGAUGCUGCUAUUCGCAGAAGGUUUGAGAAACGCAUUUACAUCCCACUGCCUGAGGAGCCGGCCCGGGCCCAGAUGUUUAAGCUCCACCUGGGGAACACCCCCCACAGCCUUACGGAAGCCAACAUCCACGAACUGGCCCGGAAGACAGACGGCUACUCAGGCGCAGACAUCAGCGUAAUCGUGCGCGACGCCCUCAUGCAGCCAGUCCGUAAGGUGCAGUCAGCCACACACUUCAAGAAGGUCUGUGGGCCUUCCCGCACGACUCCUGGCAUGAUUGUAGAAGACCUGCUGACCCCGUGUUCCCCCGGAGACCCUGGUGCUGCUGAAAUGACAUGGAUGGAGGUUCCUGGGGACAAACUGUGUGAGCCCAUCGUCUGCAUGUCGGACAUGCUGCGUUCGCUGGCCACGACCCGUCCCACUGUCAAUGCAGAGGAUCUCCUGAAGGUGAAGAAAUUCACAGAGGACUUUGGCCAAGAGGGCUGAAGUU